CGGGCUCUGCUGCGCCGUGCGGUGCGGCGUGUGUGAGAGAAGCGAAGUGAGGUGAGCCUGAGGUGAGGUGAGGUGGCGGCGGCGGCGAGUGUGUCUGUCCCCCCGCUGAUACAGGGCCAGCUGGUCCCCCCUCAGUCCCGAUCGGAUCCACCUCCGCGCCGCAGCCCCUACUGACAGUCACCUUCCGUGCAGGUUGAUGCGAGUCGCGUCCCCGCUCUAAUCCGCGUCCACGAUGGAAAGCGCGCACACCAAGGGCGCGGAUGAAGUUCUCAAGUUCUUCGACGUGAACGAAAACAAUGGACUGACACCCGAGCAGGUCAGAACUAACGUGGAGAAGUACGGAGCGAACGAGCUCCCAGCUGAAGAAGGCAAGUCCCUCUGGGAGCUGGUGGUGGAGCAGUUUGAGGACCUCCUGGUGAGGAUUCUCCUGCUGGCAGCUUGCGUCUCCUUCGUGCUGGCACUGUUCGAGGAGGGCGAGGAGACGACCACAGCCUUCGUGGAGCCCAUUGUCAUCCUGCUGAUCCUCAUUGCCAAUGCCGUGAUUGGCGUCUGGCAGGAGCGGAAUGCCGAGAAUGCCAUCGAGGCCUUGAAGGAAUAUGAGCCGGAAAUGGGGAAGGUGUACCGCAUGAACAGGAAGGGUGUGCAGAGGAUCAAGGCGCGGGACAUUGUGCCAGGAGACAUCGUGGAGGUGGCCGUUGGAGACAAAGUUCCUGCAGACAUCAGGAUCACUACCAUAAAAUCCACAACCCUGCGUGUUGACCAGUCCAUUCUCACAGGGGAGUCCGUGUCGGUGAUCAAACACACGGACCCGGUGCCUGACCCCAGGGCUGUCAAUCAGGACAAGAAAAACAUGCUGUUUUCGGGCACUAACAUAGCAGCUGGUCGGGCCAUCGGUGUGGUGGUGUCCACGGGGGUCUCCACGGAAAUUGGCAAAAUCCGCAACCAGAUGGCCACCACGGAGCAGGAGAAGACGCCGCUGCAGCAGAAGCUGGAUGAGUUUGGAGAGCAGUUGUCCAAGGUGAUCUCCCUCAUCUGCGUCGCCGUGUGGGUCAUCAACAUAGGCCACUUCAACGACCCGGUCCAUGGCGGCUCCUGGAUCCGCGGCGCCAUCUACUACUUCAAGAUCGCUGUGGCGCUAGCCGUGGCGGCCAUCCCUGAGGGGCUGCCUGCCGUCAUCACCACCUGCCUGGCACUGGGCACACGCCGCAUGGCCAAGAAGAACGCCAUCGUGCGCAGCCUGCCUUCCGUGGAGACGCUGGGCUGUACCUCCGUUAUCUGCUCUGACAAAACGGGGACCCUCACCACCAAUCAGAUGUCUGUGUGCCGGAUGUUUGUGGUGGACAAGGUGGAGGACUCCAGCUGCUCGCUGCUCGAAUUCGCCAUCACCGGGUCCACUUACGCACCGGAAGGCCAAGUGCUGCUGAGAGACUGUCCCGUGGACUGCGGGGACUACGAUGUCCUCGUGGAACUGGCCACCGUGUGCGCCAUGUGCAACGACUCCUCCUUGGACUACAAUGAGGCCAAGGGCGUUUACGAGAAGGUGGGCGAAGCGACAGAGACGGCGCUCACCACCCUGGUGGAGAAGAUGAACGUGUUCAAGUCGGACCUCUCGAAGAUGAGCAAGGUGGAGCGGGCGGGAGCGUGCAACGCGGUCAUCAAGAAACUGAUGAAGAAGGAGUUCACCCUGGAGUUCUCCCGCGACCGCAAGUCCAUGUCCGUGUAUUGCACCACAGCCAAGGAUGCCUCCGUAAGCAAGAUGUUCGUCAAGGGCGCCCCUGAGAGUGUGAUGGAGCGCUGCCAGUACCUGCGGGUGGGCGCCAGCAAGGUGGCUCUGACCCCAUCCCUUCGGGAGCAGCUCAUGAGCAAGAUCAAGGAGUGGGGCACGGGCAGAGACACGCUGCGCUGCCUGGCGCUGGCCACGCGCGACUCCCCACCCCGCAAGGAAGACAUGAAGCUGGAGGACACGGCUCAGUUCGCAAAUUAUGAGACCAGCCUGACCUUUGUGGGCUGCGUGGGCAUGCUGGACCCCCCCAGAAAGGAGGUGAUUGGUUCCAUCAAGCUGUGCGGCGAGGCGGGCAUCCGGGUCAUCAUGAUCACGGGUGACAACAAGGGCACCGCCGUGGCCAUCUGCCGCCGCAUCGGUAUCUUCAGCGAGGAUGAGGACGUGGACGGGAAGGCGUACACUGGCCGCGAGUUCGACGACCUGUCCCCGGAGGCGCAGCGGGAGGCGGUCAAGCGUGCCCGCUGCUUCGCCCGCGUGGAGCCCGCCCACAAGUCCAAGAUUGUGGGCUACUUGCAGUCCUUCGACGAGAUCACAGCCAUGACGGGGGAUGGUGUGAACGAUGCCCCCGCCCUGAAGAAGGCUGAGAUUGGAAUCGCCAUGGGCUCAGGCACCGCCGUCGCCAAGUCCGCCUCCGAGAUGGUGCUGUCGGAUGACAACUUCUCCACCAUCGUGGCGGCCGUGGAGGAGGGCCGGGCCAUCUACAACAACAUGAAGCAGUUCAUCCGCUACCUCAUCUCCUCCAACGUGGGUGAGGUUGUCUGCAUCUUUCUGACAGCCAUCCUCGGGCUGCCCGAGGCCCUCAUCCCCGUGCAGCUGCUCUGGGUGAACCUGGUGACGGAUGGCCUUCCAGCCACCGCCCUGGGUUUCAAUCCCCCUGACCUGGACAUCAUGAACAAGCCUCCGCGCAACCCCAAGGAGCCCCUCAUCUCCGGGUGGCUCUUUUUCAGAUACCUGGCCAUCGGAGGGUAUGUGGGCUUGGGCACCGUUGGAGCAGCCACCUGGUGGUACCUGUUUGAUGAGGAAGGACCUCAAGUUACCUUCUACCAGCUGAGACACUUCAUGCAGUGCACUGACCAAAACCCCAUGUUCUCUGGCAUCAAAUGCGAGAUAUUCGAGUCGCGCUACCCGACCACCAUGGCGCUCUCUGUGCUGGUUACUAUAGAGAUGUUCAACGCACUCAACAGCCUGUCGGAGAACCAGUCGCUGCUGCGGAUGCCCCCUUGGGUCAAUAUCUGGCUGCUGGGAGCAAUCAUCCUCUCCCUCUCACUGCAUUUCCUCAUCCUCUAUGUGGAACCCCUGCCGCUGAUAUUUCAGGUGACUCCUCUGCGCUGGUCCCAGUGGAUCGUCGUCCUCAAGAUCUCCUUCCCAGUUAUCCUCCUGGACGAGGCUCUCAAGUACAUUUCACGCCACCACCUCGAAGCCUAACUUUCUCCUCUUGCCUGCUGUGUUGAGGUACAUGUCUAUCCUCCCCUCGUCUUCCUCCGUCGGCAACAACGGCACGCGAGCGCAUCCAUGCCAACUCGCUGUCGCGCACUUUCGCUCGGUGUCUGUCGCACAUUGCAGGUUUUGAUCAUCGCAUUUUCGCUGUUUACUGCAUGGACAGAACUGCAUAGUUGCUGUGGCUGGAACACGGUACAUUGCACACUUUUUUGCGAAGCUGAAACAACCGGGUGUUUUCGGCACAAAUUGGAGCUGGGAGGUUAACGUUUGCCUCGUUUCCACGGGCAACCGGAAAUGCUCAGCAGUGCAGAAUAAGGGACGAAUCAGUAACCACCCCUCGCUGCUCAAUGCUAUAGCUUUUCCAUGGGUGUCUUAUAAUAUUGAUCCUUAUGUUUCAUUUACAUUUAUUUAUUUA